CCUCGGUAGCCUAAAUGCCAAGCAGACACACAGAGCCAGAUGGCUGCUCAUUAUAGAUAGUAACGUUUCUGUCCCUCCUUCCCCCCAUCUCACACGCACCCCCUCUCUCUCUCUCUCUGUCAUGCAUUAGCUUCCUCGCCCAUUCGCCCAUUUAUAGCCAUCAGUCCCACCAGCCUCUCUAGUACCUCACCAAGCCAAAUUCUUCUCUUCCUUCUGCAGUCUCUUAUCUUGCUUGUCUUUUUAGUGUGGAGAAACUAAUAACAAGCCAUGGUAGUACUUUCCCAACUAGCUCUAGAACCUUUCUCAGUUAUCAAAACAUGCAAGCCUAUAGGCUUGUUUUCCGAGAUACCCGUUAUAGACUUGACAGACCCUCAUGCCAAGACUCUCAUAAUCAAGGCAUGUGAAGAGUUUGGAUUCUUCAAGCUGGUAAAUCAUGGAGUUCCAAUGGAAGUCAUGACCAAAUUGGAAGCUCUUGCUACCAACUUCUUUAACCUCCCCCAGCCUGAGAAAGACAAGGCUGGACCUCCUAACCCUUUUGGCUACGGAAACAAGAAAAUUGGCCCUAAUGGUGAUGUUGGUUGGGUUGAAUAUCUCCUCCUUAACACCAACCCUCAAAUCUCCUCCCAAAAAACGUCCAUUUUUCAGGAAAACCCACAGAUUUUCCGCUCUGCUGUUGAAGAUUACAUACUGGCAGUGAAGAGAAUGGCUUUUGAAGUAUUGGAAUUGAUGGCUGAUGGGCUGGAGAUUGAGUCAAGGAAUGUGUUCAGUAGGCUGUUGAGGGAUGAUAAGAGUGAUUCAUGUUUCAGGCUAAACCACUACCCACCAUGCUCAGAGCUGCAAGCAUUGAGUGGUGGAAAUUUGAUUGGGUUUGGCGAGCACACAGACCCACAGAUAAUAUCUGUUCUAAGAUCUAACAACACAAGUGGCCUGCAAAUUUGUCUGAAAGAGGGAACUUGGGUUUCAGUCCCCCCUGAUCAGACCUCUUUUUUCAUCAAUGUUGGUGAUGCCUUGCAGGUGAUGACAAAUGGAAGGUUUAGGAGUGUCAAGCACAGGGUUUUGGCUGAUCCCCUGAAACCAAGGAUUUCCAUGAUUUUCUUCGGUGGUCCACCUUUAAGUGAAAAGAUAGCACCUUUACCCUCCUUAAUGGCAGAAAGAGAAGGAAGCUUAUACAAGGAGUUCACAUGGUUUGAAUACAAAAGGUCCGCAUACAAGUCAAGGCUAGCUGAUUACAGACUUGGGCUAUUUGAGAAAACUGCAGGCCAAUGAUGUGGUCAAUUCGUAUUUUAGUAAAAAUUAGGGUUUCGCGAAAACUCAAAAUUAAUAGGUGUGAAAACUUUACCCAGCUAGCCACAGAUGGAAAGCAAAUAGGCUCUUCGUUCA